AUGCUGCUGGCAUCCGCUGUGGUGGUUUGGGAAUGGCUGAACGAGCACGGUCGCUGGAGACCCUACAGUCCGGCCGUGAGCCACCACAUCGAGGCGGUGAUCAGAGCCGGGCCGAGAGUUGGGGGCAGCGUCGUCCUGGGCCAGGUGGACAACAGGCUCUCGCCGUAUAUCAUCGAUCUCCAGUCCAUGCACCAGUUCCGCCAAGACACGGGCACCAUUCGCCCAGUGCGGCGCAGCUAUUAUGACCCCUCCUCAGCCCCAGGCAAGGGUGUGGUGUGGGAGUGGGAGAACGACAAUGGCACCUGGACCCCCUACGACAUGGAGGUGGGCAUUACCAUCCAACAUGCCUAUGAGAAGCAGCACCCCUGGAUUGAUCUCACUUCCAUUGGCUUCUGCUACAUCAUUGACUUCAGCACGAUGGGGCAGAUCAAUCGCCAGACCCAACGCAAGCGCCGUGUCCGCCGCCGCCUUGACAUGGUCUACCCACUGGUCACAGGCACCUUGCCCAAAUCUCAGUCGUGGCCAGCAAGCCCUGGUGCAGCCAAUGUGCCUCCUGCCCCUGCUUGCACUUGUCCACAAUGCCUUCUGGUCAUGAGCAUAAAGGCAACAGUGGCAGCUGGGAGCCAUGGAGGAACUGGAGCUACAGCUAGCCAGCAGCCUCAACCUCCACCACCACGUAAAGCUGUCUCCCUUUCUGGCAGUGCCAAAAUCCCCACGCCAGCAUCAGUUCACAGGCCACAAGAUGGAACAGCCACCAUGCGUAGCUCUUUGAAGACCCUCGCAUCUCAAGUGAACCGAAGGCAGGCAGUUAGCACCCCUGCCCUCACCACAAGCAAUUCCCCUGCCAGUCCUCCUAAUGCCAAUGGCAAAGUGACACGCGCCAGCCUUAAUACAUUGAACCGAACCAAUCUGCAGCGCUUGGCCAUCGCACAGUCCCGUGUGCUCAUUGCCUCAGGAGUCCCUACAGUUCCUGUAAAAAACCUCAAUGGCUCAAGCCCAGUCAACCCUGCCCUAGCAGGAAUCACAGGGAUACUUAUGAGUGCUGCAGGGCUCCCUGUCUGUCUGACUCGGCCUCCAAAGCUGGUUCUGCACCCUCCUCCUGUCAGCAAGAGUGACAUUAAAUCCAUCCCUGGCAUCGCCAAUACCUGCCGUAAGACUACCAAAAAGCAGACCAAGAAAGGUAAAACUACAGAGGAAGUCUUGAAAAAAUACCUGCAGAAGGUACGCCAUCCUCCAGAUGAGGACUGUACUAUUUGCAUGGAACGCCUCUCUGCUCCCUCAGGCUACAAAGGGCCUCAACCAGUCGUCAAGCCAGAAUUGGUGGGCAAACUGUCCAAAUGUGGUCACAUGUAUCACCUCCAUUGCCUUGUGGCCAUGUAUAACAAUGGAAAUAAGGAUGGGAGCUUGCAGUGUCCAACCUGCAAAACCAUCUAUGGGGUGAAGACUGGCACCCAGCCUCCUGGAAAAAUGGAAUAUCACCUCAUCCCGCAUUCACUGCCGGGACACCUUGACUGUAAAACUAUCCGAAUAAUCUACAACAUUCCACCAGGAAUACAGGGACCAGAGCACCCGAGUCCUGGGAAGAGUUUUACUGCCCGGGGUUUUCCUCGACACUGCUACCUCCCAGACAGUGAAAGAGGCAGAAAGGUGCUGAAACUGCUGUUGGUGGCCUGGGAUCGAAGGCUGAUCUUUGCCAUAGGCACUUCAAGCACCACUGGGGAAUCGGAUACAGUCAUCUGGAAUGAGAUUCACCACAAGACGGAAUUUGGGUCCAAUCUCACGGGCCACGGCUACCCUGAUCCCAACUACCUAGACAAUGUACUUGCUGAGCUGGCAGCUCAGGGCAUUACAGAGGAGAGCAUGAUGCAGGAGAAGGACUGAAAGUGUAAGAGGAAAGGGGAAGGACUUUGUCCAAGGGAGGAGCGACAAGUAUAGCAGCUUGUGCAUGGGUCAAGCUCCUCCCUCUUCCAUUGUGCCUGCUCUGCCCUCUCAUCUUCCUACUGCAGGCCUCUUAAAAGGCUCAACUGUGGCUAUGCAGCAGUGGGUUUGCUUAAAUGAGGAACUCCCAGCCCGUUCUCAUAUGUGGCCCACGGCACCUGACGUACACAAAGCAAACAAACGUGGGAAGGUUUUUGUGUUCCUCUUCAGCAUGAGGAGGAGUGUCCUGUUGAGGUCUGAGGUUAUAUUAACCUUAGUACCCGUAGCUAUUUUAGCUUUGUAUCUCAAAAACCGGGUUUUGGCCCUCUCUGGGAUGCAGUAGCAUCUUCUGUCCAUGAACAAUAAGGGAUGGCUGUGGGGAGCAGACAGCUUGGAAUGGCAGAAUCGUGUGCAAGUCAAAAAAUAAUGGCUUUGUUUCAGAGGUGCAGAAGAU